AGGAGGAGGAGGAGGAGGAGGAGGAGGAGGAGAGGGAGGCGCCUCUCUUCCGUGCCAAAAGCGCUUCUGGGUCCGGAGAGGAGAGGAGAAGAGGGAAAGAGGGCCCGAAAAUGGCAGUGGCGGCCUCCGGGGCGGCGGCCACAGGCUCCGAACAGCAAAGCUCGAAUGGUCCUGUGAAGAAGUCAAUGCGUGAGAAGGCUGUGGAGCGGAGGAAUAUUAACAAAGAACACAACAGUAACUUCAAGGCUGGAUAUAUUCCGAUUGAUGAGGAUCGUCUACACAAAACUGGUUUGCGAGGCAGGAAGGGGAACUUGGCUAUUUGUGUGAUUGUCCUCCUUUUUAUUUUGGCAGUCAUCAAUUUGAUUAUCACGCUCAUCAUUUGGGCCGUGAUUCGUAUUGGACCCAAUGGCUGUGACAGCAUGGAGUUUCACGAUAGUGGCUUACUGCGAUUUAAGCAAGAUUCUGACAUGGGAAUUAUCCAUCCGUUGUAUAAAAGCACAGUUGGAGGUCGACGUAAUGAAGAUUUAGUGAUUGUGGGAGAAAACCAGCCAGUUGUGUUUCAGCAAGGGGACACAAAACUCAGCAUUGAGAAGAAUACAACUAAAAUUACCAGUGAUAUUGGUAUGGAAUUUUUCGAUCCACGGAGUCAGGAUCUUUUGUUCAGCACCGACUAUAAUACACACGAGUUUCGCUUGCCGACUGGAGUGAAAACCCUCAAUGUCCAAAAGGCAUCUACUGAGAGGAUUACCAGCAAUGCCACCAGCGAUCUAAAGAUACAUGUGGAUGGACGUGCUAUUGUGCGUGGAAACGAGGGUGUUUUCAUCAUGGGCAAAACCAUCGAGUUUCUUACGGGGGGUGAUAUGGAACUAAAAGCAGACAAGAGCAUAGUCCUCAAUGGGAGCGUGAUGGUCAGUCCUUCUCGUCUGCCAACUUUUUCACCCAAAGACCAAUUUAGCAACGGUGACUGGGAGCGUUACAAGCUUUGCAUGUGUGCUGAUGGGACUCUAUUCCGUGUUCAAGUUAAGACCCGCAACAUGGGUUGUCAAACCUCUGUUAACCCCUGCGGCAAUAUAUAUUAAUAGCAAAGCUAUGUACAGUGGGAAGAGGAGUCAUUUCUAUUUAAAACAGUUUCCUGUUUUGAAGGUUAUUGGGUUUGUUUGUUUUUUAACAGCAGCUAACAUGAAGCACUUUUUAUACAGGGUAUUAUGUCUAACAGUAUUAAAUUGAUAUAAUCAAUCAUGUUUAAAAUAAGCCAUGAGUUCCACAUGUAAGUUAGGCAAAAAUUUCACUCCAGAAGUGCUUUAGGAUAUUCUUGAUUUGAGGUUUCCAAAGCAAGUUGUCAAGCCGGAUGUAACACCGCAGAAUGCAUAUUUAUCUUUAUGAUACCCUUACUUUGCAAAGUUAUGCUUUUCACAAACGUUUUGCCAGAACCUUUGUAGAUUUAUUUGUCGUGUCAGGAGCGACUUGAGAAACUGCAAGUCGCUUCUGGUGUGAGAGAAUUGGCCAUCUGCAAGGACGUUGCCCAGGGGACUCCUGGAUGUUUGGAUUUUUUAUCAUCCUUGUGGGAGGCUUCUCUCAUGUCCCCUUUGUAGAUAAAAUGGAGCCUUAUUUGCCCUGAAGUUCAGUCCUAAUAGAUUUAGUUGACUUUUGCAACUUUGCACUGAAGUAUACAUGUAACAUGCACAAAAGAAGAGAAUGGUAACUUGUGCUACACUUCAUGAUUACAAAAAAUAAAGGAUUCAGCCAAAAACA